AUGUACGCACAGGGGCUGCCGGGGCUGGUGGUGCUGCUGCUGGUCACCUCGCUGCCGGCCGGUCACCCAGCGCCACCGGCCGGCCCCCCAGCCCUGUGGAGCGGUUUGGGUAGCCCUUCUUCGUGCCAGCUGUCUCGGACUGAGUCGGAGCUCAGGUGCCAUGUCCCAGGGGGGAAGCUGUGCAGUGACAGAGGCAGAUGCGAGUGUGGAGUCUGCAUCUGCCAAGUGGCUGAGUCCGGGAAAUACUACGGUCCGCUCUGCGAGUGCCACGACUGGGUGUGCGAGAUCUAUGAUGGGAAGAUCUGCGCAGGCCAUGGGAAGUGUGACUGUGGGAAGUGCAAAUGUGAUGAAGGCUGGUAUGGUGAAGCUUGUCAGUAUCCAACUACUUGCAAUCUUACACGGAAGAAAAGCAACGAAAUGUGCAAGAAUUCUCAAGAUAUCAUCUGUUCUGGUGCAGGCACAUGUCAGUGUGGCAGGUGUAAAUGUGCAGACUCAGAAGGAAAUGGACUGGUCUAUGGUAAAUUUUGUGAAUGUGAUGACAGAGAAUGCAUAGAUGAUGAGACAGAAGAGAUUUGUACAGGCCAUGGAAAGUGUUACUGUGGAAACUGUUACUGUGAGGCUGGUUGGCAUGGAGAUAAAUGUGAAUUCCAGUGUGACAUCACCCCCUGGGAGAUCAAGAAAAGAUGCACAUCUCCAGAUGGCAAAAUCUGCAGCAACAGAGGCACAUGUGUAUGUGGGGAAUGCACGUGCCAUGAUGUGGACCCAACUGGUGACUGGGGAGAUAUUCAUGGAGACACUUGUGAGUGUGAUGAAAGAAACUGCAAAGCAGUGUAUGAUAGAUAUUCUGAUGACUUCUGUUCAGGUCAUGGACAGUGCAAUUGUGGAAGGUGUGACUGUAAAGAAGGAUGGACUGGGAAGAAGUGUGAGCAUCCACGUUCUUGUCCAUUAUCAGUUGAGGAAAGUGCUAAGAAAUGCCAAGGAAAUUCUAAUUUACCUUGCUCUGGAAGAGGGAGAUGUGAAUGUGGCCAAUGCACUUGUUUCCCUCCAGGAGACAACAGAAUUCAUGGCAAAAACUGUGAAUGUGAUGAUCGACAGUGUGAAAAUGUGGACGGCAAUGUCUGUGGGGGCCAUGGUAUCUGCUCAUGCGGCCGAUGCGUUUGCCAGGACGGGUGGUUUGGAAAGUUGUGCCAGCAUUCAAGGAAGUGCAACAUGACAGAGGAGGAGAGCAGAAGUCUCUGCGAGUCGGCGGAUGGCAUAUUAUGCUCAGGGAAGGGUUCCUGCCACUGUGGAAAGUGCAUCUGUUCAUCACAGGAAUGGUACAUUUCGGGUGAUUUCUGUGAAUGCGACGACAGAGACUGUGACAAACAUGACGGUCUCAUUUGCACAGGCAAUGGUGUUUGUAGCUGUGGAAACUGUGAGUGCUGGGAAGGAUGGAAUGGAAAUGCUUGUGAAAUCUGGCUGGGGAGAGAAUACCCUUGA